ACGCCAAACGCCGUCCUGGCGGCCGGAACAUGUGACUGCAGACAUGUGACGCUCUGGCGUUGCUGCUUUGGGAUAGCUAGAAGCGCAUAACGUCAGAGCCGCAACAUUUUUCCGCUCGUCAACCUCAACUUCAACCUCAACUUCGUCUUCGUCUUCAACUUCACUUAGCUUUCGAACAACCCAGCACUACAGCUGCUUCUUCAACCAACAUAGCUGACUCUGAUAUAUCUAAUACAUACACCCUCGUAUCCCUCUAACCAACUAGUUACAAUUCUAUUAAUUACCGCAAGCAUGGAGACCGUCGUACUAUGUGGCCGCUGAUACCGCGAGACCUUAAGCGCUCCAUAGCCUCCUACUUCCCCAGAAGUAUCUCGCUGCCCCCUGUCCCUUCGCCAAACACUGUCUAUCGCUCCCUUAGUCCCUUUGUAUCCUCCUCCUCUGGCAAGAUGUCAAGAGCAUUCUGGAGACUCUGCGAACUCCUGGCCCACCAGGGCCAGCAGGAGCUGCCUGCUACUUUCCCGCCAGAGACAGAAGAAGAGCUCCAGCGACUAUAUGACCAAGUGAGCGGCCGCCAGAGAAGCAGAAGUACAGGAGUCAGUGAAAACGAAGUAGGAGCUACGGCAGAAAUGGGCAGCAAUAGCGGAUCAGGCCUUGCCGAUGGCAAUGCGAACGACGCCUUUGACACUCAAACUCUCAAAUCCUCAAUAUCCAACCUAUCCCAAGAUAACUCACCCAUGUUUUUCGAUGACAACUCGGCAUCUAUCAUCAACUUCAAACCAACAGAACCCCUGCGAAUAACCUGCCUUACCAUAGGCUCUCGCGGUGACGUUCAGCCUUACAUCUCACUCUGCAAGGGCUUGCUAGAAGAAGGACACAAACCCCGGAUAGCAACCCACAAGGAGUUUGAAGGCUGGAUAAGAGAGCAUGGUAUCGACUUUGCGCCGAUCGAUGGCGAUCCUGCCGAACUCAUGCGAAUAUGCGUUGACAACGGCAUGUUUACAUAUGCUUUCUUAAAAGAAGCAUCUGAAAAUUUUCGCGGAUGGAUAGACGACCUCCUUGCCUCCUCCUGGAAGGGUUGUCAAGACUCUGAUGUCCUGAUAGAAUCACCCAGUGCCAUGGCCGGAAUUCACGUUGCCGAAGCUUUGGGGAUACCAUACUUCCGUGCCUUCACUAUGCCCUGGACAAAAACAGCAGCUUAUCCCCAUGCCUUUGCUGUCCCAGACCGCAAUCUAGGAGGUACUUACAAUAAACUAACUUACGUCGUUUUUGAUACCGUAUUUUGGAAGGCUAUCUCUGGACAAAUCAACCGAUGGAGAAAGAACCAACUCAAUCUCAAACCUACCAGUCUUGACAAGAUGCAGCCGGAUAAAGUGCCUUUUCUAUACAACUUUUCCCCUUCGGUCGUACCCCCUCCCACCGACUAUUUAGAAUGGGUACGGGUGACUGGCUACUGGUUUUUGGAUGCAAAACCUGACUGGACACCACCAGAAGACCUUGUUGCCUUUAUUAACAAGGCAAGAGCCGACAAGAAGAAGCUGGUCUACAUUGGAUUCGGCUCCAUAGUCGUCUCUGACCCUGCUGCCAUGACAAGAACCGUCAUCGAUUCUGUCCUGAAGACCGGUGUGCGAUGCAUUCUGUCCAAAGGCUGGUCCGAUAGGCACGGCGACCCAAGGAGUUCACAAGUGGAAGUCGAGCUCCCUCCAGAUAUCUAUAAAAUCGACUCUGCGCCCCAUGACUGGUUAUUUGCCCAGGUUGAUGCCGUUGCUCAUCACGGUGGAGCUGGUACCACCGGAGCUAGUCUUAGAGCGGGCGUACCUACAAUUGUGAAACCUUUCUUCGGAGAUCAGUUCUUCUUCGGCAUCCGUGUGCAGGAUUUAGGUGUCGGUAUUUGUAUGAAGAAGCUAAAUUCUGCUACCUUUACUAGAGCUUUGUGGGAAGCAACCAAUAGCCAGCGCAUGAUAAUAAAAGCAAAGCAAAUCGGCGAACGGAUACGUCAGGAAGACGGUGUUGGCAAAGCUAUCCAGUCGAUAUACCGUGAUCUUGAAUACGCCAAAACCCUUACUUAUCUGCGCCGUUCUGCCGCCGGCAGCCCGUCCAAUGAAGGAAUUGAAGAGGAGAACAAUGGAGAUUUCCUAGACGGAAUCGAAGAAUCCUGGACUUUUAUCGGCGAUGAUAUCUUUACUAAAGCCCAGAAUCCCAGUAGCGACCUUUCCACCAUGAUGGACGGUGCUGCAGCGGGAACUUUACCGCCUCCAGACGAUGACGAAGAUGACGUUGCUUGUUAAUUUCAGGCAACUAACCACCACAGUACACUCUAUCCGAUGUACGUUUUUUUUUUUUAUAUAAACGCAUAUAUUAUGAUUUAUGAUGUCCUAUUGAAAGGUUGGUAGGGUGUGCCAGGGCUUUUUCUUUCCUUUUCUUUCCUUUCUCUCUUUGUUAUGUCUCGUUUGACUCCAUACUGUUAUGCAUAUGCUUACCUCAUGAGCACCACCAUAUGCCUGCCAUUUAAAUUGCGUAUUGUUCUUUUUCCGCCGUCCUUUUCAUGUCUUAUUUCACAUCUACACCUUCAGCUACAUCUUACGCUUAGUUAUGCUGCUUUAAUAUCUCUCACAAUGCAGCCUAAGCACCCUUGUACCUGAUGCUUCCUUUUUUCUUGAUGCUCUGGUAGCAUGUUUUAGAUUGGGAUUUGGCCAACUUGAUCUAUUGCGGAGUCAACAUAUUUGCUUUAAUACGUCCUUCACUUCUUGCACAUUACCCGUUGGCUUUGCACAGAAUUUUGAUGCAUCCGCCAUGUUGAUAUUCCUACUCGUGGAUUCUCUGCAUUUCCUCUUCCUUUCAUUUAGAGGUGCACUAGAGAUUUCAUUAGAGAAUAAUUCAAUAGUACAAUACUGACUUAAUCAUCUUAUCCCUUCUGGCUAAAGCAUGCUCUCUCAUUUGACAUGUUUAUAUGACUCCCCUUGUACGAUGUCUCAGCUAUCAAAUAAUGUGAAUACUACCACCAGUCACUAGAAACUAGAGCAAUACAUGUUUGUAUAUAUCAAACUUCUACCCUUGCAUUAUAUUCCCACGUUAUACUAAAUGGGUUAACGGCCAUUAGUUGACAGGAAAACAAGCAUAGAAAGUGGUGCUUAUUUUUUAUGAUACCCAUCUAGAUCUAACCGUCUGUCCGUAUCCGUCCCGUUUCACCUUUUGAUUCCUCUUCCUUACCUUCAGC